CCCUCAUCCACUUUGAUUGUGGCAUCUCAUGGGGAGUGUCUGAUCCGUGGGACAGCUCUCUAGCCAGAUCGUCUCCUCAGCAUAUGAUGCAAGGAGCUCUUUGAAAUGGAUUUCAGCUCUCCUUUUACUCUGCUCUGCCUGCUGGUGAUAAUAACUGUUACUCAAGGCUCUGUCAUCUGGACUGGUGCGCUCAGCGGUGAUUCAGCAGUCUUUUCUUUGGAAAUCCAAAGCCUGCAGAACUUCUCCAGCAUGAGCAAGGAGGAUAAGAAAUGCUCUACAACUGUCCUUAAUGAUACCUUGUUGGCCAAGUGUGGCACUUCUGCCAGUAGAUGGCUGAACUUAGAGAACGGCUCCCUAGUGCUGAGGAGCGUGGAGAAAGAUGAUGAAGGAAAAUACGGAUUUGUUUUUCAGAACACCAUCAGAAAUUUUACACUGGAAGUAUUUGAGCCGACCAUUGGUAUCCAGUGCUUCCCUGAUGGAACUGCAGAGCUGUCCUGCAACAUGGCCAGCAACGAGAUCCUGGUCUUUCGGUGGCUGCUGAAUGGCACCCACCUGAAAGCCGAGGGGGCUUGCAUUAAGGAUGCUGGCAAGAAGGUUCACCUGGGCAGAACUGAGCCUGGGGAGUUUGUGUGUGAAAUUUUGAAGGGGAACAGUGUCACGAGGACCAGACCCAUUACGCUGUCUUGCAGCUACGACCUGCUGCGGUACCCGGGGUUCAUUUACAUCCUGGCAGGGUGUGCAGCGGGUGUGCUUAUCCUGGUGGUGGCUUUGCCUGCAGCCAUAUGUUGCUGCAUGAAGAGGAGACACAAGUUCAUCCCUGUGCCUUCAGAGGAGGAGAAGGAUGACGGGUUGACAAUGUCAGUGGUGUCCGGUGAAGGCACGAAGAGCCCCCCCAAUGGAGACCGUGUCGAGGCUCAGGCUGCCCAGACCGACCGUCCUCCGAAGCCUGAUGCUGCCCAGAUUGGUCAAGGUGUUGAGCCCCAGGCACUGGCAGGAGAAAACUUACCAGUGCAGAUAGAAGCUGAGGAAGUGCCAGAUGCUGAGGUCCUAGUUGAUAUGGAAAGCCAGGAAGAUGCCUCAGACUGUUUCCCAGAUCCAACUGAUGACUGAUCUGACACACUUGCUCUUCCACCCUGAAGCCUGUGACACUUGUCCUUCGCAUCCCAUAGUCUCACUGUGUCUGGAAAAUUUUAGCAGGGGAAAGACGUGAGGUGUCAGGCCUUCUGACCUCAUUUUAAAAGAAAAAAGAAAACACAGAGAAAAGCACACACGUGGCUUCAAGGCCCACUGCCGUGGCCUGACAGGUUCACCAACAAACAAAAGGGGCAGCUCUUUGAUGCUUUGCCUGAUAACAGAGCUGCAGCUAAACUGAGGAGCCCAGGGGACAGCCUGGGAUGAGAGGGCUCCUCCUGCUCCCUGCCCACCCCAUGCCUUGCCGUGUCUGCCAGCCAGGGGCAGGCACUACAGGCAGGUUGGGGUGGCCUGCCAGUCCCAGGCAGAAGCCAAGGACUUGCCAGAAAUUUCCUGAGAAAGCUCUUCUCGGGAGACUUCAGGGCAAUUUUUUCACAGGCCCUGCCAAGGAAACUCAAAGGAGGUCUCAGCUCGGUAUCUGCUGUCCUGGGUGCUUAUCUGAGCCGCUCCUCUGAGCUCCAGAUUUGGCCCUCACCUCUUGCUGCCUGGAGCAGGAGCAGUGGUGGGGCUUGAAAUUUGACUUGCAGAUGCUGUGUGCAGACACAGCUGUGUGCUGGCUUUGCUCACCUCUCAGUGCCCCAAAUGACAGAGGGUACAGGUUACCUUUCACCAGAACCCGACUGCUUGGGCUGCCCCCGAGCUAAGCCAGCGCUGUCACUCGCUUGCUUGCCUGCAGCAGGAGGGGGCCUGGGGCUUGGGGCUGCAAUUUUGGCAGAAACCUUGAUUUUAAGGCUGAGAUUGUUUAUCAAUGCAAGCGUUAGUGCCUUUAGUGUAAUAGUUUAGCUGCUGCAAGCUGAUGAAGCUGGCCAUCUGCUUGUGCAUGUAGGCUUGUUCGGGGCUGUGUUAUUUGCACAGACAGCAGCAAUUUAUAGAAUCUCUUAGGUAAGUCGUGCUGCUACGCAUGUCCUGUUCUGCUCAGGGGAGCUGUGCCUGUGGAGCAGCUGGGCUAGACCUGCAGGGAAGAAGGAUGUGGUGAGGAGAGGGCAAGGAUUCUGUCCUCAGGCAGCUGAGUCCCAGCAAAGCUGCCAGGGACUGCAGGGAGUGCUGCAGGAUGUGCUGCCAGAGCAAGGUAUUUACUGUAUAAGACAAUUUUAGUAGUCCGAGUGAGGUGGUAAAUUGGUUGUUAGUGUUAAAAUAGCCUGCUGGGCUAGAAGGGCAUGGUAGUAAAAGCAGAGAUGGUACAGACUGGGACCAAAAGAGAUGGGGAGGUGUGUACUGCAUUCCUCUCCUCCCUUGUCGUUUUGUCCCUGUUUUAUAUUGUGCUGACACUGUGAAUCCCUUGGAAAUGGAUUUAAGGUAUGCCUGGUGAAAGCUAUUCAACGAGCGCUGCGAGCACCCCGGCAGAAUCCAAACUAAACUGAGGGCUUCUCUCCCAGGGAGGGAGGGAGCUGGUGGGAUGGCUGCACGCUUACCUGGGAGUCCUUCAUUUCUGUGUGCUUGCCAAGGCUCUGCAUCAGUGACACCCACCCAUAGGUAAUUGUUCUCGUUGUUUCCUUGUCCUGUGACUCUCUUUGGAAGAUGUUUGGAUCUUGUGUGCAGUGUUGGUGGUGAUUCAGCCUGUCUCUGCUUUUAAAGGCUGCCGUAGGAAUCAGGUUUUCCACGGUAAGAGGGAGGUGAUAAUUCUUUUCCUUACGGUGCUGUUCUAACUCCUUUCAGUAUAAACAUUCCUCAAAGGCUGUGAGUUGAAUGACAAAAAAAAGUGACACGGAGUGCUUGGGGUGGCAGCGCAGAAGCAGCGAUGCUGGGUGAAUGUCACCAGGCCAGUGUCACCAAAAUGGGGGGACAUAGUCAGCAUUGCUUCACUUCUGCACUUUCUGGCAGGGGCAGGAGGGGACAGUAGACUCCAGCACAUGCUUCAGAGGCUGAUCAGUGCUCUGAGCUGCACUGGAGGCGACAGCAGUGUUUCAGUGCUGAGGGUGAGAGAGCGGGGCCAGCCUUGUCCUGCUGGGCUGGGGCAUCCCAGCUCUAGCUUAUCCUAGUGCUGCCUUCCUGCUGCCAGCCCUGCGAGGGCUGUGAACAUCACCACUACUAUGAUCCCAGUCCUGGAAGGAUUUUUGCCAUAGAGAUGUGAGAGGUCUUUGUGAGACAGAUUGAACCACAGCUGGCUUUCUGUCCUUUACCACUGAAAGUGCCAUUCAGCAACGGGGCAAAAGUUUUCUGUUACUGUCAGGUCAGGAGAGAAGUGAUGCAGCCCAUGCUCUUCCUUUAACUGUAUGUAUUCAUGCCCAGCUAUUGUUCUCUUUUUGGUGGUUUUUUCUUCUUUUACCUUUCCCCCCAUGAUUCAUUUUGUUCCAAAUAAAGAGAUCUGUUUUCUACCUUG